GAAGCCGGCAGGGACGCGGGGCGAGGCCAAUCAGCGGCCACACGGAAGUGUGCGGAGAGACCCGCCCGCCGGGCCCUGCGAGUGACGUUCGGCGGCGCUGGGCUGGUGGCGUAGCCGGUCGCCAUCCUUCGUCUCGUCCGCUUGCUUGGGGGUGUCUUGCCUCGGCGCUGGCCCUGCGGCCAUUUUGGGCUCCGCUUCCACCCGCGCCCGCCCGCCUACCCGCCCGCCUACCCGCUCAUCCCUUCCGGGGUCGCGCUGCUCGAGGAGCUUUUCAACGGUCCGUCUCUGCCGGCAAGUCGCCGCCGCUGCCGCGGGAGGGCCCUUAUCUAUGGUGGAGAGUCCUCGAGCGGACUAGGACACCGCCUUUCCGCCAGGAUGGACGUCGCCUCAGCCUCCGCGGCCUGCGCCUGCCGUUCCGGACUGUGGUCUGCCGCCCGCUGCCGAAGCCGCUCUCCUCUGUGGCUCUUCUGCUGGCCUGGGGCUCGGCCUGGGGCGCCAACCCCGCCGCUGGGCAAGGCCGAGACUGUUUAGGCCUCUUGGAGUCCCGCCCGGCCUCCCGCCGCGGAGCCCCGCGUCCCUCCCUGAGAGCCGGCCGAGAACGCGGAGAUGGAGCCGGCAGCCGACGGCCCGCGGGCACGCGCCGCCGCUCCGGCGGACUCCUGGUUCCGGCUGCCCUUUUUCCUUCCUCGGCGCUCGCAAGCAGGCCCUUCCAAGUUCCCCGCCCCUCCUGCCCCGGAGCACCCCGGGGACCCCAAACUGGCUUUCUCUCCCGCGCCCGAGGCUCGGAGCAGCUCCUGGGUGAAUCUGCUCUCCCAGCUCUUCGCGCCGCUCCCCGGCUUGCUUCAGAAGCUUCUCAUCUGGAGCCAGCUUUUCGGUGGGAUGAUUCCCACCCGAUGGCUAGAUUUUGCAGCAGUCUACGGCGCCCUGAGAGCCUUGAGGGUACGGGAGGAACCCGCCGCCCCUACGGCGCAGAAAUCCCUGAAUUCGCUGCGGCUCGACCCGUCGGACGGCGCGGCUGCCAGUCCCCUUGAUUGGCUGGAGGAGGGCAUCCACUGGCAGUGCUCGCCCCCAGAUCUAGAAUUGGAACUUAAAGCCAAGAGAAGAGGCUUGGACUCCCAAGCCCACGCUUUUCUCCUGGAGCAGCAGCUGUGGGGAGUGGAGCUGCUGCCCAGUAACCUUCAAGCCCGUCUGUUCUCGGACAUGGAACUUGGCCUUUCGCCCUCCGGGCCUCUCAGCGUCCAACGCUUAAGCAAUGUCAACGUCGUGUCCUGUUUGCUGAACCCCUCUUCUCUGGACUGCCUGCCCCGGGUCGAGCUUAGCUAUCAGAGCAGCGUUGGAAGUGGCGAGCUGGUCGAUUUCCAGACGCUGACUCCGGAGAGCGGCUGCCUGGGUGAGGACCCGUCUCAUCCCCAGCCGCUGAACGCGGAAGUCGCUCGCGCCUCUUGGCAGGGAUGUCCGCCUCUCUCUAGAGAAGGCCUGCCAGAAAUCCACCAUCUCCGCAUGAAGCGGCUGGAAUUCCUUCAGCAGGCCAGCAAGGGCCACCAAGCGUUACCCUCCCCCGACCAAGAUCACGGCUACCACAGCCUGGAGGAGGAGCACAGUCUUCUCCGGCUGGAUCCGAAGCACCGCGGAGAUUGUCCGCCACAGUGUGUUCCCGCUGCUGGAGCCGUUCCUGGAACCGCCCAGGAACUCGCUGGGGAAAAAAUAGAUUUGUUGACUAAAGAGGUUCCACUUGCUUUGGAAAGACAAGGCCCCUUGGAAAGCUGUCCAUCUUGUGAGGUUCCUACGGAACAGGAGCCUGGAGAGGACCAAACAAGUGUAGUUGACUCCUCAGACAUAGAAGAUGACCUCCCCACGUCUACCAGACCAGUCUGUACUAACAGACUGAUAGAUUACAUUUUGGGAGGUGCAGUCAGUGACCUGGAAACAAGUUCUGAUUCCGAAGGUGAGGACUGGGAUGAAGAAGCCGAGGAUGAUGGUUUCGAUAGUGAUAGCUCACUCUCAGAAUCAGACCUUGAACAGGAUUCAGAAGGGCUCCACCUCUGGAACUCUUUCUACAGUGUAGAUCCUUAUAAUCCCCAAAACUUCACAGCAGCCAUUCAGACUGCUGCCAGAACUCUUCCCGGAGACCCUUCUGACUCAGAGAAGGAUUUGUCUGACAAGCCUGAUCUAGAAAGUUCUCCCCAGACUGGAAGCCUUCCUGAGUCUCCCGACCGUAAUUCUGGGGAGGACGAUGACUGGGAAUCUAGUGCAGAUGAAGCAGAGAAUCUCAAACUGUGGAAUUCUUUCUGUAAUUCCGAUGACCCCUACAACCUUCUAAACUUUAAGGCUCCUUUUCAAACAUCAGGGAAAAAUUGGACAGGCUAUCGUGACUCAGAGAGGCCAUCUGAGUCCAUUGUGGCCAUUUCUGACUGUCACACCUUACUUUCCUGUAAGGUGCAACUGGUAGGGAGCCGAGAAAGUGAAUGUCCAGACUCGGUGCAGGGUGGGGUUCUUUCUGGAGAAAGACACACACAAAUCCAGAGAAAAAAGGUAACCUUCCUUGAAGAAGUCACUGAAUAUUAUAUAAGUGGUGAUGAGGAUCGAAAAGGACCAUGGGAAGAAUUUGCACGGGAUGGAUGCAGGUUCCAGAAACGAAUUCAGGAAACAGAAGAUGCAAUUGGGUACUGCUUGACAUUUGAGCACAGAGAAAGAAUGUUUAAUAGACUCCAGGAAACAUGCUUCAAAGGACUUACUGUUUUCGAGCAACGUUACAAUGAUUGACAGCCUUUUGCCCUAGCAUACACUACCUCUUACAUGAGAGGUUUCUUCUAAAAACAAGAAUUGGCAGCUGUCCUUUGACUUUUUUUUUUUUAAGAGGAUAUGCAACUUGGAUCCAAUGACCUAGUUUAAUAUUUUUUUGCAACAUAUCCCACUCAGAAAUAUCCAGGUUUGAAGUGGAUCCCUGAUAAUGAAGGAUGAGGUGAUGUGAUUUCUAAUCCUCCCUUUUUUGAUUUAGUUGGAUGUGUUUUUAAAUGUUGUUUGCUUGCUGAAGUGAAAAGGGGACCUCUUAAGGUGUAAUUUUGCACUUUUGAUACUUAUUUUCUUGGGAAACAAUAUUUAUAAGGUUCAAAGCCUGUUUUCCAUUCUAAUUUAAAUGAUGUGUACCUGUCUAAAAACUUUGGGCUUGUCUCCUCCCACCCCCAGUAUUCUGAAAUUAAUGGGCUUUUAUGUUUUCUCCAUAUUUUUUUAUUUCAGUAAUUUGGCCCUUCUACCUUAAGACCAAGAAAAUAGUCUUGUAUAUACUACCAACUUAAAGUACAUUAUCUUGUAUCACUGUUUUUUUUUUCCUUCUAAAAAUGAUUUUGGUCGAAAAUGUAUGGUGAAUUUUUAUUUCUAGGUUAAGCUCUACCUGAGAUAUUUCCAAGGACUGCCACAAAACCUACAUGUGCAGUACUUUCCGCUACUUUGGGAAAGCUGCAUCUUUCUGCCAAAUUUUAACAUCUGAUGUAUUUAAUUUCUGUGCAAACUGUCUUUUGGAGAGGGUUCUGUAUAUGUUAUUGUAGUUCCCACUUGAGUGGUUCUUUGUGUCUUUAACAGGUAGAAACUGUAAAAGACUCCAGAAAGUAAUAAUUGCAUCAUAGUCAUUUAUUUUUUAAAUUUAAAAGCUCGGAAUUUUCCUAGGAAGAAGAUGGAACCCAUCUCGGAGCAAUUUGGUUUUGUUGAAUAUGCUCUCAGCAGAAAACCAGUGUUACUGACAUGCCUCAGCACGGUCACUUUUCAUACCUGUCAGGGUGGCACUGUGAACUUGGAAAUGGGCAGUUUUGAAUUUCUAGUUUGAAAUGUAAAAUGUAGACUUCAGUCAAUAUCUAAGUUUACUGGGUUCUCCUGUUUUAAUAAUGAGGAAAGUAAUGGCAAGGCCUGUACAUUAAGAGAAGGAUCGAACUAUGGAUUUAACAAAUAGAAAGUCUUAUUAUCUUUAACCCAGAGUUUACUUCUGGAUCGAAGUUCUUGCAGUGACUGGUUGUGCUUGGUUUAUUUAGCUCUGUGUGACGUGCUUUGUUAGGGUGAGGGGAUGUCAACCAGCUCCUUUAUGGUCUGUUUUUACUUCAUGUGGCUCCUGUCACAGGUAAUGGAAAACAGUAGACCUCUUAAUUUUGAACUUGUUCAGAGUGGGGACAAAGUUUUCAUCAGAAGUGCUUGCAGGGUUACUACCUCAGUUUAUAAUCUACGUGGUCAUGAUUUUAUUUCCAUUUGGUUUGCUCUAAAAACUCUCUAGUGUUAAUAUAUAUACAUAUAUAUUAUAUACAACAACAAUAUGAAGUUUGGUCAGAUUUUUGCCGAGUCCUUAAUGCGUUUUGUGCACCUCCGUGUUAGGUAACCAUAGAGAAUGCCUCUGCAGAGUCUGGUGUAACACCAUGAAAACAGGCUACUUUUCAGACACCAGCUGUGUCAAGUUGGAAAGAAGGUAUCAUUUGCCUUGAAAAAAAAAAUGUUGAAAAUGUGCAGGCAUUCUUUAAAAACCAGGCUGAAGUAUACUAUUUCAGAGACUUAGGUUGUGUUUUGUGGUUCUCAGAUCUUGCACCUCUGCGUAUGUGAAAAGAAUGGGAUAUAUUUACAUUUACUGCAUUUUGGAAAACUGUUCCCUUGGCAUUCCAACCUCACUACCAAAUAAGUAAAAGCUUGAUUAAGAAUUCUCCUGUUUACUACCCUCUUUUAAAAGAAGUGAUCAGAUGGUGAUGAGAGGGACAAAAGGGACCAUUUUAAAGUUGGACAAGGAGAAAAACAAUUCUAUUUCAUCCCAAUCCUGGUUGUUAGAACAAAGUUAAACCUUUACAAUCUUAAAAAGAAAAAUCCUUGGAAGUUUUAAUUGAACAUUUUACACAAUUUAAAGUCUUGCAAUGGUGCUUUAAGUAUCAAUGUAGCAUAUGAAAGAAAGGCUUUGUACAGACAAGUAAAAUUUCCUUUUUUGAGUGCUGAAAUGUGAUAACACCAUCUCUUCAUCUUUAACUUGAAGUCAGAACUGUCAGAUUUUAUUUUUUUAUAAUUUAAGGAAGGUGAAGUUAGGGGACUAGAAGACUUCUGAAUUGGCUUCUACAGAUUCAAUGAUUUAAAUGUAACCAGUUUGUUGGGACUUUAUAGCUAAAAUUAUAUUUGUGUAUAUAACUUAACUAAUCUGUACAUUGUAAUAAAUAUAUUUGCAAUUAUUAAAUGUUACUAUGAUA